AUGCCCAUCGCUCCACUUGCCGAUGAUGGGGUCGGCACCUAUUCGGGGCAAAAUCUCGUGCUGAUCCUAAGUAUCGUGACUUUACUCGGUCUCGCCAUCUACAACUCCAUUGAGCUGGUCAUUCUCAUCCUCUGCACAUUUCGACACUGGCACGGUCUGUACUUUUGGAGUUUGCUGCUGAGCGGCUUGCUCGGCGUGGUUCCACAGGCUGUCAGCUUCCUCUUGAAAGACCUCGUCCUUGCGCCACUAUGGUUUUCUCUGACUCUUUCGACUAUCGGCUGGUAUUUCAUGGUCACCGGCCAAGCCAUCGUGCUCUACUCACGGCUGAAUCUACUGGUGAAUGAUCCUCGAGUCUUGCGCCGCGUCUUGAUCAUGAUUAUCACAAACGCCAUUAUUCUUCACGUCCCCACCACUAUCCUCACUUAUGGCUCAAAUUUCGCCAAAUCAAAUAAUGCCGUCUGGCAGCAUGCUUACGACAUCAUGGAACGCAUCGAGCUCGUCGGCUUUUCCGUGCAAGAGAUGGUCAUCUCUUACCUCUACGUGGUGCAGGUCAUUCGAAACCUGCGCAUCGUACCCCCAAAUUCUCGCAUCCAGAAGGUCCACCGCAAGACGCUUUACUACGUGCUGGCCAUUAACGUCUUCCUCAUCCUCUUGGACGUGGUCCUCCUCCUCAUGGAGUUCACCAAUCGCUACACCAUUCAAACAGCGCUCAAGUCGCUGGUGUAUAGCAUCAAACUUAAACUUGAGUUUGCAGUUCUCAACCGCCUCAUCUGUCUGGUUCGGCCUGAUCAGGUCACUUCAGAUGACUACUGGCAGCCCUCACCGAGUCCGAGUCCUCGGGCCGCGAAUGGACUGGGCCAUGAGUUGACGGAUUAUGGCGGGUUUUCUCGAGUGGAGUCUUGUGAUACUACGACGUUGAGGAGUCCUAGGACACAGGUUGUCAGGAUUAAUAAUACGUUCAAAUAA